AUGGGAGAACCUUCUGACCCUUCUUUAUUAGACCGUAUCCGUUCAUGGGCGAAACACCACGCCUCUGACCGCUCCAAGCACCACAACAACAAUACGCCACAGCGCAGUGACAACCCUACCCUACCUACCACGACCCGAGAUCUGCCGGACGCGGAGAAGGCUGGACCCUCUACGAGCCCUACAAAUGGUACCAACCAUGUCAACAACUUCAACACAAGUCACCAUGACAAUACCACCUUCAACAAUACCGCAGACAAGACAUCGCCUGCUCUGCCUGGACCAGCCCCUCCUCCUGAACACGUCAAGUCGGAGUAUGCAUCAUCGAACAAACCCACCCUAGGAGAUGGAGACGGCACUGCCAAUGUGCCCGCUCCUAAACCAUCCAUACCCAAGAGAGCCAAGGCUGGAUCCGUCAGGUUCUUUCGCCAUACCUACGAUGCCCUCACCCACAGCUGGAUCAAUCUCCUCCUCGUCGCUGUCCCUGCUGGUAUCAUCGCCAAGGCUCUUAACGUCAACCCCUCGGUUGUCUUCGCUCUUAAUGCCGUUGCCAUUAUCCCUCUGGCCGGCAUGCUGGCCUACGCAACAGAAGUCGUUGCUUCACGCCUUGGUGAUACGCUGGGCGCUUUGAUGAACGUCUCAUUCGGCAAUGCUGUCGAGCUCAUCAUCUUCGUCAUUGCAUUGGUCAAGAAUGAGAUUCGUAUUGUCCAGGCUUCGUUGGUCGGAUCCAUCCUCUCCAACCUCCUGCUCAUCAUGGGCAUGGCCUUCCUACUCGGUGGUCUCAGAUUCCAAGAGCAGAUCUACAACAGCACCAUCACUCAAAUGAGUGCUUGUCUUCUCAGUUUGAGUGUCGUCAGUCUGGUCUUGCCUACGGCUUUCCACGCUUCCUUCUCGGACAGCGCCACUGCCGACGACAGAGUUUUGAAGGUCAGCAGAGGCACCAGUGUCAUUCUGCUGAUUAUCUACGUUCUCUAUCUUCUCUUCCAGUUGAAGUCGCAUGCCUACCUGUACGAAAGUACUCCACAGCAGAUCAUCGAUGAGGAGUCUCACCCUGGUAUUCUGGCCGAUAUGCUCGGCUCGUCUAGCUCGUCGGACAGCUCGAGUUCGUCUAGCUCUUCCGACUCGGACUCUUCAUCGCACACGACUUCAAAGCGCAUCAGACGCGCCUUCAGACACCGCAGACGCCGCAAGUCGAGUGCCAGCACUACUACCACUCCCUCGGUCAUUAGUGCUCCCUCUGUGGAGCGUGCUCCUUCAUAUCAAUCCGACAUCGUCCAGCCUCAGCGUCGUCUAUCUGCUCUCGGUGCCAUCAAUAGUGGUGAUGAGGCCGACACAGAUGGUGACCUAGAGAUGCGUGGUGCUCACCCUCUUGUGAGAGACUUCGUCGACGGGCCCUCCGACGAACAUCAACAGCAGUUGCAGUUUCAGGACGCCAAGCCUGAACGCAAGCAGAAGAAGAAGCAUAAGAAAAGACAUCAUUACAAACGUCACGGCAGCCAUGACGAGAAGCAGUCCGUCGACGACAAUUCCUCAGUUCGUAAACAGGGCAAGCGACCCGCAAAGGAGUCCUCCCCUAAGCCCUUCGGUAUCCGUCAGCUGUCUUCUCGACAGGUAUUCCCUCGUCCUACCCUCCCGAAGAUGCUGUCCCAGAACGUCUUCGUCUCCCCACCUCCAACAACUGGCUCUCCUGUCCCUGGUGCACCCAUGGUACCUCGUACUGGAGUGGGCGCUAUACGUAGAACUAACUCUUUGCCUGACCGUCUCAACCGCCAGAAUACUCCCACUUCAACUCAGCAGGAGAACCUGCCUCCAUACCCGAGAACUCCUGAUGGAGAGCCGGAGAACGAGGAAGAAGACGAGGAGAAGCAUAGCCGUAUGUCUCGUACUGCUGCCGUCGUUCUUUUGCUCAUCGCCACCGCUCUGGUCGCUGUUUGUGCCGAGUUCAUGGUCGAUGCCAUUCCUGAGAUGAUCGAGGCGACUCCUGUCAGUCAGGCCUUUAUCGGUCUGAUCAUCUUGCCCAUCGUUUCGAACGCUGCCGAGCACGUUACAGCCGUCACGGUAGCCGCCAAGAACAAGAUGGAUCUGUCCAUUGGUGUCAGUGUCGGCAGCAGUAUCCAAAUUGCCUUGUUUGUCACUCCUCUAGUAGUCAUUCUUGGCUGGAUCAUCGGCCGCGAUAUGUCUCUCUACUUCACUCUCUUUGAGACUAUCAGUCUGUUCGUUACUGCUUUCGUCGUCAACUUCUUGGUUCUCGACGGCAGAAGCAACUACUUGGAGGGUGCUCUACUCAUUGCAGCCUACGUGAUCAUUGCUGUCUCGGCUUUCUACUAUCCUGACGGCGCCGAUGCCAGCUCCCUUGCAGGAUCGAACAACUAA